GAGAUCACCUCAGGCGCUCGCGGUGCAAUCACAGAGCGCGCCGUCGCCGCUAGAGCUCACCCUGAGAUCCCUCCGCUCAGCGCCUUCAACGCCGUGUCCCGGCACCCCGCACCCGGGCACACAAAAACGGGUCGCCCGCGAUUCUCAAGGAUUGAUCGCCUCUUCAGCUAAGUUCUCUUCUGGCCCCGUACCACUGUGCCACAGGCGCAGCCCGCUUCCUCAGGUGCCCUAUCCCGCGCAAGAAGACCACGGCUUCACAGAGUGUUUUUUAAGGGGCGUGGCCAGCGGAACAUCCCGCCCCAUUCUGUGACGCACGGGGUGGUGCGCGCGGGACCCGAGGGGUGGGGCUGUGUUUAGUAGGAGACCUGGGGGCCGGGGCCGCCUGCAGAGGACCAUCUGCCAGCUUCUCUCGCUCCGUCGAUUAGGACCGGUGGCGACCUCGGCCUUCAGUGUCUCCGACAGAGUGAAAUGGCGGCUGCGGCCGGGAUGAUGCUGGUGGGCUUGCUGCAGGCGGGUGGGUCGGUGCUGGGCCAGGCGAUGGAGAAGGUGACAGGUGGCAACCUCUUGUCUAUGCUGCUGAUCGCCUGCGCCUUCACCCUCAGCCUGGUUUACCUGUUCCGUCUCGCCGCCGGCCACCUGGUCCAGCUGCCCGCACGGGCGAAAAGUCCUCCAUACAUUUUCUCCCCAAUUCCAUUCCUUGGGCAUGCCAUAGCAUUUGGGAAAAGUCCAAUUGAAUUUUUAGAAAAUGCAUAUGAGAAGUAUGGACCUGUAUUUAGUUUUACCAUGGUAGGCAAGACAUUUACUUACCUUCUGGGGAGUGAUGCUGCUGCACUGCUUUUUAAUAGUAAAAAUGAAGACCUGAAUGCAGAAGAUGUCUACAGUCGCCUGACAACACCUGUGUUUGGGAAGGGAGUUGCAUACGAUGUGCCUAAUCCAGUUUUCUUGGAGCAGAAGAAAAUGUUAAAAAGUGGCCUUAACAUAGCCCACUUUAAACAGCAUGUUUCUAUAAUUGAAAAAGAAACAAAGGAAUACUUUGAGAGUUGGGGAGAAAGUGGAGAAAAAAAUGUGUUUGAAGCUCUUUCUGAGCUCAUAAUUUUAACAGCUAGCCAUUGUUUGCAUGGAAAGGAAAUCAGAAGUCAACUCAAUGAAAAGGUAGCACAGCUGUAUGCAGAUUUGGAUGGAGGUUUCAGCCAUGCAGCCUGGCUCUUACCAGGUUGGCUGCCUUUGCCUAGUUUCAGACGCAGAGACAGAGCUCAUCGGGAAAUCAAGGAUAUUUUCUAUAAGGCAAUCCAGAAACGCAGACAGUCUCAAGAAAAAAUUGAUGACAUUCUCCAAACUUUACUAGAUGCUACAUACAAGGAUGGGCGUCCUUUGACUGAUGAUGAAGUAGCAGGGAUGCUUAUUGGAUUACUCUUGGCAGGGCAGCAUACAUCCUCAACUACUAGUGCUUGGAUGGGCUUCUUUUUGGCCAGAGACAAAACACUUCAAGAAAAAUGUUAUUUAGAACAGAAAACAGUCUGUGGAGAGAAUCUGCCUCCUUUAACUUAUGACCAGCUCAAGGAUCUAAAUUUACUUGAUCGCUGUAUAAAAGAAACAUUAAGACUUAGACCUCCUAUAAUGAUCAUGAUGAGAAUGGCCAGAACUCCUCAGACUGUGGCAGGGUAUACCAUUCCUCCAGGACAUCAGGUGUGUGUUUCUCCCACUGUCAAUCAAAGACUUAAAGACUCAUGGGUAGAACGCCUGGACUUUAAUCCUGAUCGCUACUUACAGGAUAACCCAGCAUCAGGGGAAAAGUUUGCCUAUGUGCCAUUUGGAGCUGGGCGUCAUCGUUGUAUUGGGGAAAAUUUUGCCUAUGUUCAAAUUAAGACAAUUUGGUCCACUAUGCUUCGUUUAUAUGAAUUUGAUCUCAUUGAUGGAUACUUUCCCACUGUGAAUUAUACAACUAUGAUUCACACCCCUGAAAACCCAGUUAUCCGUUACAAACGAAGAUCAAAAUGAAAAAGGUUGCAAGGAACUAAUAUAUGUGAUCAUCACUGCAAACCACAAAGGCAUUCGAAGAGAAUGAAGUGUACAAAACAACUCUUGUAGUGUAGUUUUUUUGUGUGUAAUUCUAAAAGCCAGUUUAUGAUUUAGUAUUUUGUUAAUUGAAUGGUUCUCUCAAAUAUAAUAGCAUUUGAAACAUUUUCUAAUAGUUAUGAUACUUAUGCUUUCAGGAAGUUCAUUAGUAAACAGUUGUUCAGGGGGGGAUCUAGGUAAUUGGCAGAUUCUAAAUAAUAUAAUUUCCAGGUAGUAAUUUUAAGAGUACUCAUUGCUCUUGCCAAAUAAGUUCAGGGUAUUCAAAUCUUGGACUAGUCCUGCAAGGUAUAAAGAAUAAAAAUCCCAGUGAGAUACUUGGAAA